AUGCAGGCCGAGGCCAGCCUCUGGGCGGGAGGGAGGACGUGGGGGCAGGCGGAGAAAGAAGGAUCUGUGCUGAACCCCACUCCAGGCCCUGCUUCCACUGCCGGACCAGCGCCUGAGCUGGAGGAGGAGGAGGAGGAAGAGAGCCAGACCUUGCCUAGUUUCAACGUGCCCGCACAGCCCAAGCAAGAUGCCACAGAGAAGGUCGUUGCUGUGAGCAGCCUCGUGUGCUGGGCCUGGAAUGCGUGGGUGAGACGUCAGCUGCGGGGGAAGAAAAACACCGCACUUUCCAGGGAGCCGGGUGAGAAGAAAAACAAGGGAGAAGCCGAGGGGGCCAGCCCGCCAGGAGUGGCGCCCGAGUGGAAACCCCUGCGUUCAACCCAGGGAGAGUCUGACGUGGAUGAUUAUGAGUCGUUCUCAAUGGAUAAACCAGCGCUUCAACGCUUCUGGGGUCAGAUGAAAAGGCCAGGGUCGCUGAAGGCAGGUGGGCCUUGGGGAAGCGCCAGGCUCUCGCGUCUGAACGCCCAGUGUGGAGCUUUGCCUCAGUGUCUCGGAGAGCCUCCGGCCUCCGUUCCCAAGCCCAGCCGGCUGGAAGAAAGGGAGGAAGGCAGCAGCUACACGGGCCUGGCAAAGCGAGAGCGGAUGAGGUGCAAGGGCCACGGCUCAGUGCGCGUGGGGCUGCUGGGCCCCUGCUCUCACCUUGUGCUCAGCCGUGACCCUCCGGGCAACCCACGUUGGCCUGAGCCCCACAGCCUGGGCUCCAAGCCUCCCCUUGCAGGGGGCAGCUGGGCCCGAGAGGUGCUUGCUGCUGCUGCUGUCACAGCCAGGGCUGCCUCCGCAAGAGGCACCUUGCCCUUGGUGCCUUCCCUGCUGCCCUUGAGAAAGCCCACGGCCAACGCCUUUACUGCGGCAGGAACUUUGUCACAUGGGCCCUCGCCCACGAAAGCGUGUGCCGUUGUGGACACGCAGGCCUUUAAGGCGACGACUCCGCUGUCUCAGCAGAAUGUGGAGCUGCAGCUCCGUGUGGAGACGAGCCGGGCCGGAGGGCGGGCGCCCAAAGGGUUCCAGAGUUCCCAGGGAGCGCCGGGGGUCGCUGGGGGUCUGAGCACCCUCACCAGUGCUGUAGGGGAAACGCAGCUCGCAAGGCCGAAAACCGGCGGGGAGAGGGGGGAGGCUUUGGGAACGUCAGAAACGUUGGGCAAAGUCAGCGCUUCCGCGGCGCCCUGCCCACGUUCGGCUCCGGAAGCUGCUGGGCGCGCUCCUCUGAGGAUGUGCAGAGCGCCGAGCUGGCGAGCGAGCCGGGCUGGCCAGGGCAGCCCCCCAGCGGUGGCUCCAGUCCGCCUGCUGCGCCCGCCCCGCCCCUCCCCGCCCCGCGCGGGGUGUGUCCCUCCGGCGCCGCCUCCCGGGGGUGUAGGCGGGCUGCAGCGCGGCGGCGGCGGCGGCAGCAGCAGCGUCGCCCGCGAGCGGAGCGUCGCCCGCGGCAGAGGCGCAGGGGAGCCGGAGCCGGAGCCGCUGCUGCUGCGGACGGGGCGCCAUGCGGCGGCGGCGGCGCAGCUAGCGGCGGCGGGGAGCGUGGGCGCCAUGCGGCGUGAGCUGCGGGCCGCGCUGCCGUUUAUGCUGCUGCUGCUGCUGGCGGCGGCGGCGGCGUCCGGGCGGGCGCUGGAGCUGCUGGGCGGUGGCGGCGGCGCUUUCGAGGCGGAGCGCGUCGGGGGCGGCGGCGGGCGCUGCCAGCCCAUCGAGAUCCCCAUGUGCCAGGGCAUCGGCUACAACCUGACCCGCAUGCCCAACCUGCUGGGCCACGGGCACCAGCGCGAGGCGGCGCUCAAGCUGCACGAGUUCGCGCCGCUGGUGGCCUACGGCUGCCACGGCCACCUGCGCUUCUUCCUGUGCUCGCUCUACGCGCCCAUGUGCACCGACCAGGUCUCCAGCAGCAUCCCGGCCUGCCGGCCCAUGUGCGAGCAGGCCCGCCAGCGCUGCGCGCCCAUCAUGGCGCACUUCCACUUCGGCUGGCCCGAGGCCCUGGACUGCGCCCGGCUGCCCACGCGCAACGACCCGCACGCGCUCUGCAUGGAGGCGCCCGAGAACGCCACCACCGCCGAGCCCCAGCGCGGCGGCCAGGGCAUGCUGCCCGUGGCGCCCCGGCCCGCCCGGCCCGCGGGCUCCGGCCCCGGCGGCGAGGAGGAGGAGGAGGAAGAGGAGGCGGGGGGCCGGCCGGGCGGGGGCGCCUCGCCCUCCUCGGGCUGCGCGAACGGGGACAAGUUCCAGUACGUGGCCAAGAGCCUGUCGUGCGCGCCCCGCUGCUCGCCCGGCGUGGACGUCUUCUGGUCGCGGCGGGACAAGGACUUCGCCUUCAUCUGGAUGGCCGUGUGGUCCACGCUGUGCUUCGUCUCCACCGCCUUCACGGUGCUGACCUUCCUGCUGGAGCCGCAGCGCUUCCAGUACCCCGAGCGGCCCAUCAUUUUCCUCUCCAUGUGCUACAACGUCUACUCCGUGGCCUUCCUCAUCCGCUCGGUGGCCGGCGCCGAGAACAUCGCCUGCGACCGGCAGGACGGCCAGCUCUACGUCAUCCAGGAGGGGCUGGAGAGCACCGGCUGCACCCUGGUCUUCCUCCUGCUCUACUACUUCGGCAUGGCCAGCUCCCUGUGGUGGGUGGUGCUGACCCUGACCUGGUUCCUGGCCGCCGGCAAGAAGUGGGGCCACGAAGCCAUCGAGGCCCACAGCAGCUACUUCCACGUGGCGGCCUGGGGCGUGCCGGCCCUGAAGACCAUCGUGGCCCUCACCAUGCGGAAGGUGGCGGGGGACGAGCUGACGGGGCUGUGCUACGUGGGCAGCCGGGACGGGGCCGCCCUGACCGGCUUCAUCCUCGUGCCGCUCUCCUGCUACCUGGUCGUGGGCACCUCCUUCAUCCUGACGGGCUUCGUGGCCCUCUUCCACAUCCGCAAGGUCAUGAAGACGGGCGGCACCAACACGGAGAAGCUGGAGAAGCUCAUGGUGAGGAUUGGCGUCUUCUCCAUCCUCUACACCGUGCCGGCCACCUGCGUCAUCGUCUGCUACUUCUACGAGCGGCUGAACGUGGAUUACUGGAACCUGCGGGCCGUGGAGCAGGGCUGCCUGGCCUUCCCGGGCCGCCAUCGCCACCGCAGCCCGGACUGCUCCCUGGAGGCCUCCGUGCCCACCAUGGCCAUCUUCAUGCUCAAGAUCUUCAUGUCCCUGGUGGUGGGCAUCACCAGCGGCGUGUGGGUGUGGAGCUCCAAGACGCUGCAGACCUGGCAGAGCCUGUGCAACAGGAAGCUGGGCGUGAGGACUAGGGGGAAGGCCUGCAGCGGGGUGGCCUGUGCCGGGGCCCACUGCCACUUCAAAGCCCCCGCCGUGAUGCUGCACAUGACCAAGGCGGACCCUUACCUGGACAACCCCACGCAUGUCUGAGGAGGAGGGAGGCGGGGGACGGGGACGCUGUCGUCUUCUGCAGCAGCAGCUUCAGCAAAGAGCGAGCAGCUGGCAGGAGCAAAUGCUGG